AUGGACCUCAGCGGCCUGCAGCUCACCGAGUCGAUGCUGGCGUCGAUGCUCAGCCAUUCGCUUGACGACGACGACCUCUGGAACGUCGAGACGAUCCUCGGUAUGGACGCCACCAACAUGCUCGAGCUCGAGAAGGACCUCCAGUUCCUCGAUGCGACCAGCGCGCCGCCCACAGCGGCGUACAACGGACUUCAGAUCCAGACGGACAAUCUCAACUUUUUACCGGACGCGAUAAUGGACCAAGUGUUUGCCACUGAGCCGUGCUACUCGCCCGAGCCCAAGCCGCGCCCGCGGUAA